AUGGGAUUUUGGCGUGUGAAUUCUGUGUAUUUUGUGAUUCGGAUGUGGAUGGACGUCGCGGACGAGCAUUUGCAAGUGCAAAUGAAUCAGUUUGUUUGUCGCGGGUCUUUGGCACAUGCUUUAAUAUUGUAUCUCGUCAAUAACGCUUGCGAAGAUUCUCACGAAUCAAGUCUUACGAAUUUCGCAGAGUAUUCUUUUAGCGUCUCCGAUGGCAAUAUGCCUACCAUGCUGCUACUACUCACGCCCGAAUCAAAAAAGACUUGCAUGUUUACUCAGAUGAAAAACACCACGACAAACGGAGGCGACAGCCAAAAAUUGGAUGAGACUUCGGAGAAUUACGAGUAUUUCUUUCUACCUGAACGAGCGCUAUCAUAG